CAAUGGCGUCACGACAGACACGCCCAGUCUUUUCCUCACUGCUGUGUGCAGAAAAGUCAGGAAACACAAGUUCAACAACCGCAUCUUUUAUGUACCGUUAGCCGAAUACCGCUACUCUGCUACCGAUCCAAAGUAAGGUAGCCAGGCAGGAGAAACAGGAAACAUGGCGAAAACGUACGACUAUCUGUUCAAAUUGCUGCUCAUCGGAGACAGCGGAGUGGGCAAGACGUGUCUGCUGUUUCGAUUCAGCGAGGACGCGUUUAACACCACUUUCAUCUCCACUAUAGGAAUUGACUUCAAAAUCAGAACAAUUGAGCUGGAUGGGAAGAAGAUCAAGCUUCAGAUCUGGGAUACAGCCGGACAGGAGAGGUUUAGAACCAUCACCACUGCUUAUUAUAGAGGAGCGAUGGGAAUUAUGCUGGUGUAUGAUAUCACAAAUGAGAAAUCAUUUGACAACAUCAGGAACUGGAUCAGGAACAUUGAGGAGCACGCGUCAUCGGAUGUGGAACGAAUGGUAUUGGGUAACAAAUGUGACAUGAAUGACAAGAGACAAGUAUCAAAAGAAAAAGGGGAAAAGCUAGCUAUUGAUUAUGGAAUCAAGUUCUUGGAAACCAGUGCAAAAUCUAGCACAAACGUUGAAGAGGCCUUUGUCACUCUCGCUAGGGACAUCAUGACCAGACUAAACAGAAAAAUGAAUGAGAAUAACCCAUCGGGUGGAGGAGGAGCAGUGAAAAUCACAGAGAGUCGGUCUAAGAAGCCAAGCUUCUUCCGCUGCACUCUGCUCUAACCCAGCAACUCCCGCAGCCUCAGUGUGUGAAUGACUUCAAUCAUUUCUCUAUGUGCGUUUGAGCUCAGUGUGUGUGUGUGUGUGUGUGUGUUUAUGCGAGAGUUUACAGUACCACUGGACUUUCAGCUGUUAGCUGCUGCUGAGAGCUCUGGACUUUAGUCUGCCUCAUCUAAGGCCUGAAGAAAGUAUGCUAGAUAAAAGACUCUUGAGCUGUUCCCAAAACAUUUCUUUUAAACCAAAAUAUCCAUCAAACUUAACCCUACCUGGGCCAAUCAAAAUUUGAUGUCGUCUGAUUUGAAUUUUGAAAACAUUUUUUUCCCCUUUAACAUGUCAGUAAUUAUACAUGGACAAUUUCUAUAGAUACAUUUGAUUUUAAAGUGCUUUGUUAGAGCACAGUUUAAUGAAGGAAAGAAUAUAAAGAGAUUACAGAUCUGCCAUUAUGCAGUUUUUGGCAAUAAAGACUGGACCUAAAGUAGCAACUGAAGAACCUGAUGGUUUGACAGCUAAAUAUUGGUCAAACUGAAAGACAUAUAUUAUUUUUGUUGUUGUAUGUUUUUUUUUAUCUUCUUAAAUUUGUGUUUAGUUUCCUAAGCAGCAAUAAACUGUGGAAUAUAAAGAAGCGUUCCACAGGUUGUAGUCUUCCCCCUUUCCCUGACUUUUCGUUAUUAACCUUAUUUGUAACAGAGACCAAAGUAAAAAGAAAUCAAAACUGUGAUUAAUAUUAACAGUCAAAAUUUCUCAUUCUUUUUCGGUUGUAAUUUCUCAUAUAUUAUAUAUUGAGCAUGAAAAGAGAGCGAAAGAAUGAAAAGAGAGAGCUUGGACACUUUUCCUAAUGCUUGUUGAAGCAGCAGCCAGCUAGGCCCUGUAUAUUAGUAUAUACAGUAUUACGUUUACUAAUGGUAUUAUAUUUUUAUACGCAAGCAUCUUAUACUCACCACUUCAUAUAAAACACGUUAACCCGUGCUUAUGUGAGAUUUAUUUGUUAAUACUUAUUUUUUUAAAUGUAUUAACUGUCGUCACAGUAUUCUGUACAUUGUCUUUUUAAAUUCCCUCUUUUAUAAGACUCUUAUGAGUAUGAAGUCAUGUAGUGUUUACAGUAACAACACUGCAACAAUAUCUUUUUUUAAGUCAUGCACUGUUAUCUGUGUGUGUGGGUCUCUCAUAGAGCCUCCUCACUUCAUUAACCACUUAAAGUCCUGCUUGUGAAGUCAGCCACUCAAAAAAAGAGUGCAAGAUUGCACUAGCUUGAUUGUGUUCAAGUUUCCUCUGAGCUUAUUGGGCUUUUACCAGGCUCAAAUGGAACCUGCAGUCUCUUAUCGCUGAUUUUUUUGGGGGAAAUCCAUUGAAAUUCUGCUGAAUGAUUUUAAACAUGGUCAAAUUUGUUAACCAGAGCUGAGAAUGAUAAACUCUUAUUACCUUUGAGCAUAUCAGACGUUAAAUUUCUGCGUAAAUCUGCUAAUUUUUCCAUGUACAGAUUCCAUGUGGGCCUGUUACAAAUUCAAACACAAAAUUUAAGCUGAAACUACAGAAUCUACAAAUUUCAGUAUUCACAGUCGCUUUAGUUACUCCGAAUGAAUGAUUGAUUCUACUGUUAAGUUUAAGGGUGUACGAUUGCUCGAGUUCCAUUGGCUGUUUUGUAUCUGUUUGAAAGAACCGCUGCUCGGAGGUGUGCCAUAUCCAUUUAAAGGGAUAGUCCAUCCAAAGUAAAUGAUAUAUUUUUCAUUUUUGGAUGAGCUAUGCCUUUAAUGGCCCUGUAGUCAUGUUUUGAAUAUGCAUGCAGGCACAUUUGCAUAUUUUUCAAUGAAACAGUGACAGCACUCCACCUCCCAUAUGAGCAUAGUCUUACUGACUAUUCAAUGCAAACUUUUAUGUGCUAUUUUAUAACAUCUUCCUUGAUUUUCUUGUCUGUUCUAUAAUAUGUCAGAGUGUCUGUUCUAUGAUGUGUCAGAGUUAACUGAUUAUGUAAAAAAGAUUAAAAUAUCUUUUCUAAGUUA